UCCGCGCCUGGCCCCGCCCUCGUUGUUGACGUCACUCGUUGUGCCAGCGUCCGGUGUUGUUACAGGCCGCACGGACUGGCCCGGAGGGGGCGGAGCCAGGACCCCGUUCGCACCGUGCAUCAACCCACCAGGCAGAGCCAGGCAACGGAGCCCCGGGCAGGCUAGACGUGACAUGGCGGCCACUUCCUCCAGGCGCUCCCAGCAACAACAAGUGUCCGGAGCAGCGGGACAGCAGCAGCCACCGGCCCCAUCCCCCUCUCCCCCGCCUGCAGCACCGGCCUCCCCGCCGCUCUCACCGGACUCCCCUCCCCGCAGUCCGGACAUGCCGCCAGCCUCGCAGCGCCACGGCCCAGACUCGCAGCCCGAGGGGGAAGCGGCUCCUCUGCCGGCGUUCAUGCCCAGGCCCCUCUCCCCUCCGCCGGGGGAAGCCGCUGCCCUGCUGUCUCCCAGCUCGUCCUCUCUACCCCCAGCACCGGCGCCCAGCUCCGGCAGCAGCAGCUCCUCGUCCUCCAGCAACAGCAUCUCCUCCGGCGGCAGCCCGGCUGACAGCCCGGACACCGGGACAGUCGGAGGCGGCAUAGGCCCCGGGGGCCCCCUGAGUGCGGUCAGCGGAGCUUUUCGGGAACUGUUCGAGGCAUGCAGGAACGGAGACGUGUCCCGGGUGCGGAGGCUGCUGGAACCGGGAAAUGUCAACGCCAAGGACAUGGCCGGGAGGAAAUCUACCCCGCUGCACUUCGCUGCAGGACAGAGCUGGGGCAAUUUACAUUCUCAGGGGGGACUCUGUACUCUGCGAUAUGCUGCUGCACACAAACCUGACAAAUAUGGUAGGCAAUACUGCUAA